AUGAUCAGACAAUCCACAUUAAAGAACUUCGCUCUCAAGCGUUGCUUCCAACAAAUCGCAUAUCGCAGCACACCUGCCAUGAGAUCAGUAGCUCUCGCGCAACGCUUUUACAGUUCGUCUUCCCGUUAUUACAGCGCAUCUCCUCUACCAGUCUCUAAGAGACCCGAACCUGCGCCAAGUUUCAAUGUCGAACCACUGGAACAAGCACCCGAACCUUCUAAGUUGGCUAAGAGACUACGCACUGAACCUGACAUGGACACCUCUUUUGUCGGUCUAACUGGUGGUCAAAUAUUCAAUGAAAUGAUGUCCAGGCAAAAUGUUGACACAGUAUUUGGUUAUCCCGGCGGUGCUAUCUUACCUGUUUACGAUGCCAUUCAUAACAGUGACAAAUUCAAUUUUGUUCUACCAAAACACGAACAAGGUGCCGGACAUAUGGCCGAAGGUUAUGCUAGAGCUUCUGGUAAACCAGGUGUUGUCUUGGUGACCUCAGGUCCAGGUGCCACGAACGUCGUUACACCCAUGGCCGAUGCCUUUGCAGAUGGUAUUCCAAUGGUUGUUUUUACAGGGCAAGUUCCAACUAGCGCUAUCGGUACCGAUGCCUUCCAAGAAGCCGAUGUCGUUGGUAUUUCUAGAUCAUGUACCAAAUGGAAUGUGAUGGUGAAGACCGUGGAAGAAUUGCCAUUGCGCAUAAAUGAAGCUUUUGAAAUUGCCACAAGCGGCAGACCAGGCCCUGUCUUGGUUGAUCUACCAAAGGACGUUACAGCGGCUAUCUUAAGAAACCCAAUUCCAACGAAAACUACUCUGCCAUCAAACGCUCUAAACCAAUUAACCAGUCAUGCACAGGAUGAAUUUGUUAUGCAGAGUAUUAGCAAAGCGGCAGAUUUGAUUAACCUUGCAAAGAAACCUGUUCUAUACGUUGGCGCUGGUAUCUUGAACAAUGCCGAUGGUCCAAGAUUACUGAAAGAAUUAAGCGAACGUGCUCAAAUACCUGUUACAACAACUUUGCAAGGUUUGGGUUCCUUCGAUCAGGAAGACCCAAAAUCUCUAGACAUGCUUGGUAUGCAUGGUUGUGUCACUGCUAACUUGGCAGUACAAAACGCCGAUUUGCUGAUUGCGGUCGGUGCUAGAUUUGACGAUCGUGUCACUUGUAAUAUCGCUAAAUUCGCACCAGAAGCUCGCCGUGCUGCUGCGGAAGGAAGAGGUGGUAUCGUUCAUUUUGAAGUGGUUCCUAAGAACAUAAACAAGGUUGUUGAAACUCAAAUAGCGGUAGAGGGUGAUGCUACCUCCAACCUAGAUAAAAUGAUGCCAAAGAUUUUCCCAGUAAAGGAGAGAUCGGAAUGGUUUGGUCAAAUAAAUAAAUGGAAAAAAGAGUUUCCAUAUGCUUAUAUGAUGGAGACUCCAGGAUCUAAAAUAAAACCUCAAACUGUCAUAACAAAACUAUCCAAGAUUGCCAACGACACAGGAAGACAUGUUAUUGUCACAACCGGUGUGGGGCAACAUCAAAUGUGGGCAGCCCAACAUUGGACAUGGAAAAACCCACGUACAUUCAUUACAUCAGGUGGUUUAGGUACAAUGGGUUACGGUCUUCCUUCUGCCAUCGGUGCUCAAGUAGCUAAGCCAGAAUCCUUGGUUAUCGACAUUGAUGGUGAUGCAUCUUUUAACAUGACUUUGACAGAAUUGAGUUCAGCUGUCCAAGCCGGUACUCCAGUGAAGAUUUUGAUUUUGAACAAUGAAGAACAAGGUAUGGUUACUCAAUGGCAAUCGCUGUUCUACGAACACCGUUAUUCACACACACAUCAAUUGAACCCUGAUUUUAUAAAACUAGCGGAGGCUAUGGGCCUAAAAGGUCUCAGAGUCAAAAAGCAAGAAGAACUAGACGCCAAAUUGAAAGAAUUUGUAUCCACAAAGGGCCCAGUUUUGCUUGAAGUGGAAGUUGAUAAAAAAGUCCCUGUUUUGCCAAUGGUUCCAGCAGGUAAAGGUCUAGAUGAAUCCAUAAACUUUGACCCAGAAGUCGAAAAACAACAAACCGAAUUACGUCACAAGCGUACCGGCGGUAAGUAUUGA